AUGACAACUCAGAGAGCACCAGCGAGCACAGAGGAGCCACGGCAGGACAGGAACCUGCAGCUGCCCAGUGAGGUCAUUCAGCGGCUCAGAAACGUCAUCUUUGGCUUUGACUUUUUUGUGACCAAAGUGGAGAACUACCAGGCCAAUGGUGUCAUCUUCAAAGGCAACCUCAGAGGCAAUCCAGCCACCGCAUAUGACCGCAUUGCUGCCCGCUUGAAGGGUGAGCUUGGGGAGGAGUAUGUGCUGUACCUGCUGGAAGACCAGGAAGAGCAGCCAGUGGCUGUCAUCUUGCCCAAGGACGCGGCAGAGCAGCCACUGCCUGCCACACAAGAGGCCCUGUUGAGCGCUGCAUUUGGCCUUGCAACUCUGGUGACCCUCCUCAACGCCAAUGGGCUGCUGCUGCUGCAGCCUGAUCAGCUUGACCUUAGCCCCGGCAGUGUCCUGUCUGCCCUGCCUGGCACUAUCCUCUUCUUCCUUCUGCUCGCGGCGCACGAGGCAGGUCACAGGGUGGCAGCAAAGCAGGAGGGAGUGGAGCUAGGCACCCCGCUCUUCGUGCCGGCCGGCCUGGGCUUUUUGGGCUCCUUCGGUGCGAUCACAUCCUUCAGGAGCACGGUGCCGGACAGGGCGACGCUGCUGCAUGUGGCCGCAUAUGGCCCGGCGUUUGGCGCAGCCGCCUCCUUAGCCAUGCUGCUUGCCGGGCUCGCGCUGUCCGCUGCCGGCGUCGGCGACGGGGAACUGCAGCCGGCCGCCUUCCAGGACAGCCUCCUCGUGGGCGUUUUAGGUCAGCUGUUUGUGGGGUCGAAGCUUGCACAGGGCGCCACAGUGAGUCUCAACCCGCUCCUGGCCGCAGGCUGGGCCGGCCUCCUGGCCAAUGCACUCAACUGCAUCCCAGUCGGUGUGUUGGAUGGCGGCAGAAUAGCACAUGGGCUGUGGGGCAGGAGGAAUGCUGGCAGGCUGAACAUCAUCGGCCUCUUCCUUCUGGGAGUUACUGGCAUAUUCGACACGUUGUCGCUGUUCUGGGUUCUCUUUGUCAUCUUUCUGCAGCGUGGGCCCAUCUCCCCACAGCGGGAGGAGCUGAGUCAGCCUGAGUCUCAGCAAGACAGGGUGCUCGGCCUGUGCCUGCUGGGUCUGUCUCUGCUGGUGCUGCUGCCUUAUCCUGGUGCAAUCAUUCCAGAGACUGUAUUCUGA